UUCUACAGCUCUCAAAGACUCAAACCAUGAUGUUCCUUGGAGAAUCUUGGGUCUUAAUUGUAGCUUUAAGACUCGUGCCGGAAAACGAUACGUCCCCGUUUCGACAAGUGUAAUAUAAGUAAAUAACCGAGGGCAUAUCGGUCAUAUCCGCUAAUAAGCAAUUUAUGGUUCUUCGCUUCUCCUCCUCCUUCGCUCUCUCAAGCCCCCACUCUCCGUUGACUACUGACACUCGCCGUCUUCAUCUUCCCUCAAUGAUGGUCGGUGGUCUACUACGCUUCCUAGUUUCUCUACUCGCCGUAGCAAUUUGCAAUGCGGCUUCGAUUUCUCAGCCGAUUUCAGAAUCUCACAGAUCCGCGGCUCUCGACUUUGCGUUGUGUACUUGGAGGACUUUGGAGAUUCUUGGAAUUGAUAAGAAGUCUGAUUUAAGCUCAGCCACGUGUGAGAAUGUGGUUAAAGUUCUAGCGUCGCCUUCUUCUGCUUUGAGAGUUAAUGGGAUUCUUAAAUGCAAAUCUGGAGAAGAUGUUCCUAAGGUAAACAGUUGGACAUUGUCUGUCUCUAAACUUCAAGCUCGCGCUAAGGAUGCCAAGUUAUUGCUUGACUUCUACUAUUCUGUCAGAGGCUUAGUGCUUGUCAAGGAGCAAUUUUCUGGAACUGAUCUAAGUCUUGCUGAUGCCGAAGCCAUUUUCCCUUCAAUAAAGGCUCUCAGCCAGAGUGAUGGAAGAUGGCGCUACAGCUCCAACAAUCCGGAAUCAAGCACCUUUGGUGCUGGCUUAGCAUUCGAAACUCUUGCUGGAGUGAUUUCAUUAGCACCUUCAGGGAUUGAUCAGUCAAUGAUCCAGACACUGAAGACGGGUAUCUUGAAGCUUUUUGACAGAAUCCAAAAAUAUGACGAUGGGACAUUUUACUUCGAUGAUAGUGAAGGCCCGAUCUCAACAACUGCAUCAGUAAUUAGAGGGCUCACGUCAUUUUCAGCUUCAGAAUCCACAGGAUUGAACCUUCCAGGUGAUAAGAUAGUUGGUUUGGCCAAGUUCUUUCUUGGUGUCGGAAUUCCUGGAGAUGCCAAGGAUUUCUUCAACCAAAUAGAUGCACUAGCUUGUUUGGAAGAUAACAGGCAAUGCUACUUUCUUGCUCUCUUUAUGCAAUUUCUCUUUGUUUUAUUUCAGUUCUCUGUUCCACUCAUCUUGUCUCUUCCAUCUACUGUCAUUUCAUUGACAAAGAAAGAGCUUCUGAAGGUUAAAGUUAGCACUGUACUCGGUUCUAAGGCACCAGCUCUUAGUGUGAAGGUCGCAGAAGCGCUAAAUUCAAAGGGCUCUAAGUUUGACGCUGACAGUGCAACGUACUUCUUGGACUCCUUUCCCAAGAACCUUGAUGUUGGGAAGUAUACAUUUGUAUUUGAGAUUUUGCUUGAUGAGUCGGCAAAUGAAAAAGCUUACGUAACUGAAGCUCAAACAAAAGUGCCUAUAGCCGCCACAGGAGCUAUUAGCAUUGAGAACGCAGAAACUGCUGUACUUGACAGUGAUGUUGGGAGCGUUGAAUCUCAGAAAAAGCUAGAUUUAACUAAAGAUGAGGCAGUAUCAUUAUCAGCAAACCAUCUCCAAAAGCUACGUCUGUCAUUCCAGUUAACUACUCCACUUGGCCUUGUUUUUAAGCCACACCAGGCAUUUCUCAAACUGAAACAUGAGUCACAGGAUUUUCUUGGAUUGGUUGAGAAGCUCUACUACCUUUCUGGUAAAUAUGAGAUCCAGCUAACUAUUGGAGAUGACCUACCAGAACGUCCAGAGAAGGCGCCUCUUCCUCCUCUACAGCCUACUGACCCUUACUCGAGAUAUGGGCCAAAGGCUGAGAUAUCACACAUCUUCUGUGUUCCUGAAAAGCUUCCUGCGAAGAAAGUUUCACUAGUCUUCUUAGGUCUUAUAGUUCUCCCAUUCAUCGGUUUCCUGAUUGGGCUGACACGGUUGGGAGCGAACAUAAAGAGCUUCCCAUCAUCGAUUGGAGCUGCAACAUCCGCUCUACUAUUCCACGGCGGCAUCGGAGCUGUUCUGCUUCUCUACUUGGAUCUGUUCACGACACUAAAGGCACUUUCUUUGUUGGGAGUGUUUCUGUUGUUCGUUGGACACAGCACACUCUCUCACCUCGCAGCAGCAUCGAACAAGUUGAAAUCUGCUUGAAGAAUGUAUUCAACUAUGGUGGAUUCUGUGUUCCAUGGAGCAGUUUUUUUCUUUCCAGUUUUGUAGCAUUACUUUAAUAUAGAUAAUGGUGAUAG